GGACGAUUUUGGCUGAGUGUGUGAAGAAUCGACGAGGGGUUCGCGAUGUGGUGAACGAGUUAAUUGAAGAGUUCGCGGUGUCGAUUGAUAGUGGACGGUGUUGUGGAGUGAUUGUUCUGGGAAGCGCUAGGGUUUGAUAGGGUUUUGAAGGAACUUGGAACAGUGGUUGAAGUUGGAGUUGGUUUGAGGGCAGAUACUACUCUCUCAUCGUGGGAAACUCGCUGGAAUUGCGCAAAAAUAUCGAUUUGCGAAAGUGGUUCCCUCUCACUCGCACAGUUUCGCGCACCAACACAUGGAAGUGAGCUGGUAGUGGUGUAUUCGCCAUAAGUCGCGGCGACGGAUCGGCCAGGGAGCCCAUUGUCGAUGUGUGAUUGUUUUGUCUAGCCAGGUCGUCGUCGUCUCCGCGUAUGGGUACUCCGCGCCGCGGGUUUGUUAGUAUAGGGUCGCGCACGUUCUCCGCUCUCCCGUUCGGAGAGAUCUACGCUAGCGUGUGUGUGGAUACACAGGCUACGCUCCGCGCUCAACGGGGGCCUCCUCAGCCAGCAGCAGCAUAAUAUAGCGAAAAAUUCUCUUUCGAAAAGGUUCAUCACUCGCGCGUCAGACAUGUUUUGUUAGACGAACGCAAAGGUUCUGUUUAGUGGUGUCGCGCGCGAGCGAAGAUCGGACGGAAGUUCUCAGCACAGAACAGUGGAACCGGGAGCAGGAUCGCGGCGCGAAGCAGGCGUAGUGGAACCGAGUGAUUAAAGAGUGCAGCAGCAACGUUGCAAAAGAAGAUGCAAAGGGAGUAGUUACGGCGGAAACAGUAGUUACAGAACGCUACGCGCAAGGAACCUCCGCCGUCGGGUCGUCGGAACCGAUGGAAAGAAGUAAAUUGGGUUUGCGAACGACGACGACGACGGUCGAGUGAGCGACGACACAGCGCGAGAUUCGCGGACAGAAAAUAGAAUCGAUACACACAAGCGGCGACGGACAAGGACGGACGGACUCGAAGUGCAAAUUUCGCCGUAGCGUUAUGAGCGAGAUCUUUGAUGGAUCGCCGUCGUAGCCGUGGUCGGUAGACACUGGUCAGUAAGGUCAGCGCAUGGGACCGGACCGAACCAGCGAUAACCGAGGCGCGUUCGCGAGUAGUUUGCCGCUGUGUGUGACAAGUUAAGAGAUACACACAGGCAAGCCGUACGUUGCGUAAGUGCAACUCUCCGCACUGGUCGGUCCCAAAAAUUCGCCGAAAUUGUGUGUGGUGCGUCCGCGACGGAAACGCAGCAACCCGUAGUCGUCGGUGAAGAGCGAGAGCAGGGGCGUCGCCGCCGCCUUCGUCCCGUGUGUGUACUAUGUGCAGAAAACAGUGGAGAAAGGAAAAAUUGAAGUAAUUUUAGUGCCAAUUAAAAUUAAAAGUGCGACGUCGUCGGGGGGCAAGAAGCGACCAGGAGACCGUGUAGAGAAGAAGAGAGAGGGGAAUUUAGCAGAUUCUUGGCACAUGGUUUCCGCCUGGGCAGUAACACGCCGACGACGUCCCGUUUUUGCACAGAGUCUCGCGCGCGGGGUUGACAAAUCGUGUCUCGACUAGAGAGAGAGAGAGCGAACGCGCGAACAAGUGCGCAAGAAGAGGAAGAGAGACGAGAGUGCGUCAGCGAAGCGGUUCCCCGAGGUAGCCGGAGACGAAGAUCUCGGUGAACAGGUGCAGCGCCGCGCACUGGAAGAAGAAUCGGCUGGAAUCGCGCUCGCCGGAAGAGAAUUCAGUGAGGCCAAAAGGAGGGAGUACACGGUUGGGUACAGAAGCAGUCAAAGAAGCGGAACCGAGGCCGGGGUCCGUGUGUGUGUGUGUGUUACAGAGGCGGCAAGGCCCGAAAAUGUCUAGCGAAUCGUGUCGUCUAAUUGGAAUGUUGCAAAAAUAAGCCCCCCUCCCGUUUCCUGUCUGUCUGCGUGUGUUUGUCUGUGCGUACCGAAAUAUUCUCGGGGAUUCGGAGGAUCGUAAACAACGUGAGUGCGUGCGUGCGUGAGCGUGAGGAGAAGGAGAGAGAGAGAGAGCGAGGGAGAGCAGUGCCGUGAAGAUAAGUGAAAUAUAGAUAUAGGAAGAAGUUAUGGCAGCGUCUGAGUCGUAAAGGCCCGUAUCGAGCGUGUUUUGGGCGUAGAAGGGCGGAGAAGUUAGAAGAAGCUUGAAAGAAGCAAGAAAAACACGCGAAGAAAGCGAAUGUGUUUGUGCGAAAAGGAGAAAAAGUAUAAAAAUAUAUAUUAAGGAAUCUAUUUAUAAUCGAGAAGCUUGCUAUUUUCGCGCGCGGCGCGGUCUGUCACAGUUCUCGGCGCUCGCGACGACGGCUUCGAGAGCGUUCAGAGAGGGCAGCUACCACAAGAAGAAAACAGCAGAGGAAACACAGAGCAAGAUGACAGAGUACGUGCCGCCGCAGCUGAUCACAGUGCUGAAAACGUACCAGGAUAAUGCACCCAAAGGCCUGCACGGCCCAGGCUUGUCCCUGGUGCACCCGAGCAAGAGCGGAGGAGCUGGCCCGCCGCGGCCGGAGACACCCGAGUCACACCAUGUCGGAAGCGGUGCCGGUCUGGUCACCACCGAGAACGGACUGAUCGUACAGCCCAUCACGGGUCCACUGCCGAUGCCGUCGCAUCCGAUCAUGACCACGCCGGACCCGGACUGCGGCGUUGUCCAGCUGACCACUCUCGAGGGCAAGAAGAUCGGCUGCUUCCUGCUCGGCGGUGAAAUGCGCCUCUGCCUGCCCCAAAUCUUCAACAACAUCCUGAUGGAAUUCUCCGUUGAGCAAAUCAACCGAAGCAUCCAGGAGCUCAUGAUCUACCUGUACAACUGCACCGACCAGCAGCUGCAAGAGUUCAAGCGGGCCAACAUCAUCCCGGACACGGCCAAAACGUGCGGACUCAUAACGCGAACCAACGCCGAACGGCUCUGCAGCUACAUGCUCCACCAAGCAGAUCAGAUCCGACCCCGCAAAGGCACCACCCUCACCAGCUUCCGGGUGUACCACAAGUGCUUCGGCAAGUGCGAGGGCAUCUUCACCGUCGAGCUGUACUCGUACAAGGAGCCGGCCUGUAUCGAGUGCUGCGAAUGCCAGGGCAUGUUCUCGCCCCAGAAGUUCGUCUGCCAUCAGCACGACCGCCAGGAGAACCGAACGUGCCACUGGGGCUUCAACUCGAGCAACUGGUGCGCGUACAUCCACGUGGCUCUCGACGAAGACAACCGCGAGGCGUUCGCGAAGAUCCUCGAGGAGAUCUGGAGCGGCGAGCGGGAAACGGAGACGGAGCAGGAGUACUGGAUCGCCAAACAAAAGGUCAUCGACGACGAGUCCGCCCUGGUGACCAUCAAGACCGAACCACUGAGUGACAUUCCACUGAAGAAACCAAAGCUAAUCAACGAACCCUCCCUGUACCAGUGCAGCCGGCAGGCCCCCAGUUCAGCAUUUCGUCCGUGGACGCAGAAGCGGCGCCAGGAGUACGCCCAGCAGCAGCUCCUGCUCCAGCACAUGGUGUACCAGAGCAACGGGCUGAUGAACGGCGUCGUGGGCGGUCUCAGCCAGGAACCACCGGUGCUACAGAACCCGGAAAGCGUCGUACGGCUCUCGGAGAGCGACAAGUUCGAGCGGAGCUUCCAACCGAACGUGGCCCUCGUGCCGCGGAAGACGAUCCUGUGCAAGGAACGGGAACGGAACGAGCGGGAGCGGUUACCAGCGGACCCAAAGGAUCGGUCCGUGAUCAAGUGCGAUGUGCAGAUCAAGCAGGAAAGUCCACCUACGCCGCCGGCCACCGGUGACGUGAUACGAUCGGUGAUCAAGUGCGACGUUAAGAUCAAGGAGGAACGACCUUCGACGCCACCGCAGGAGAUGUCGCCGGGGCCCCGAUUGGCACCGUGUUCAUCACCCUCACCGCCACUGCCUCCGCUCGGCACUCCGGCAGCAAUGCUCGGGGGUGGCGGCGGCACCAUCAAGUCCGUUCCCAUGCCAUACAGUCCGGUCACUGACGUGCACUCGGGAUCGAACGAAAUCACCUCAUCCACUUCACCUGUACCUCCUCCGGUCAACAUGACCACCACCACCACCAUGAACGGUUGCAUCGCGGACAAACCAAAGCUGAUCAUCAAAGAGCAGAUAAGUCCACCGUCACCGCGUCGGACGCCCCUGCUCAACGAAGAAAUGCACCACCAACAUCAACGAUCUCACCCGCAGGCGGCUGUUAUCCUGAAAAACGGUGGUGGACCAAUCGGAGCGCCGGGUGCGCCCAUCGCCGGCAAUCCCGAGUUCGAGCUGUCCACCGACACGGACGACGACAGUCUCGCUGGCGAACCGGACAGCAGCAAUAACUCGAUGGCUCCGCUGGAAAUCAUCGCCGAACUUAUGAAGGACGUCGCACACGAAACGCGAGAUCAGAUCUUGCACAUCCUGAAACUGGUCAUCCAGGAAACGACACAACUUCGGAACGAGCACCUUAGGCUACUAAAGGACCACGCACACCGAGAGGACAUGAUCGCUGACCUUCAGCGAGACAAAGAACACCUCGAACAGCAAGUGCACCAGCUGCAGCUAGAGUUGAACCGAUCGCUGAUCAAAUAUGCCACCUCGGAAGCGAACGCACUUCAGAUGCAACAGCAGCACCAGCAAGACCUGGCCGUCGCAGUGGCCGCCGCCGCCGCAGCUUCCGCCUCGUCCUCAACACCUCCCUCACCUCUCUCGCUCGCUUCCAACAGCAGCAGCAGCCAAAUCACGAUCGAAAAGAUCGAACGACGGAACAGCUUCCCGGAAAAGUCCGAGGUGAUCAUGAAGCCGCUGAAGAAAUCCCUCCGCCGCAGUCCCGACGACUCUGUGCUCAUGCUGCAGUCGCCACCGCCCCCGCUACCGCCACCUCCGGUCAUGUCGCUUCCGGUCAGUCUGUCAAUCACCGCCGCCAGCAAUCUCAAACUUCCGGUGGAUCCGCUCCAAACCAGCCACGAGCACGAUGACAAACCACCUCCGCCAACGCACCACCCGAUUGCCGCAUCGCCAACGACCAACGGAGGUGCUGCCAACGGUGUCAUAACGUCACCGAGGCCUCCCUCGCGACCCCCGUCAUCGGCCUCGACGGCGUCCAACACUUCCGCCCCAGUACUGGAGAACGGCCUGACCGGCAAGAGUCAACCGUCGAGCAAGGAGCCGGCGGCCAAGAGUUCCGGCAACUGAUAGUUGAUCAUCUACUUUUGCUGAGAAGGGAACAGGGGACAGGGCGCUGCGCUUUCUGGGGGCAGCAUCUUUCCGCCGGUCGGGAGCCAAGAUCCGUACUAGGCAGUUGGGCCACGUGCGCGGUUGGACAUCUUCACUGAAAUCUCAUUUUUGAGUAAAAGUUCUACGACAAAGUUGUAGAAACGGAUUGAAAGAGAGAGAGUCCAGAACUCUCUCAAGUAAUGUCAUUUGAUAAAAGAGAGAAAUUUCUUCACAAUUUCACUGAAGAGUAAAGAGAGAAAAAGAGCGGAACUGCAAUUCUGUCGCAGAGAGAGAAGAAAAUGAGAAGUUGUCCAUCUGUUCUGCGCGUAGCGCAACACGCUGUACAUCAGUCCACUGCAAACAUUGGCCACGUGCAUUGUAAUUAUUAGAUUUUUCAAGCUUCAUUGUCGAUAUUUUCCCACCAAAUAAUUUCUGUUUGUUCUACUUUUAAGCGAAAAAAAUACACACACAAACUCAACAAAAGUAAGAAACCAGUAGGUUUGAAUUGCGCCAACUUAACACAAGAUUACAAUGCUGAUAUAGAAAUCGUUUCGGAAAAUCAAUUGAAACCAAUAAUUUACUACGAAUAAGUUGCGUACACGCAGUCAAAGCAGAUUCAAUGCGAAACAAAAUUCCACUCAAGAGACUCUAAGUUAAACUUUGAGCAAGAAAGAUGCAUGCGAAAAAUAAAACCUUUAGUCCACUCGUAUUGAGCAGCGAAUAAACAAGAAAAAAUCAAAUCGAAAAUUACUAGCGAGAAAAGAUAGAGCAAAAAAAACGCAGGAGGUGAAAAAGAGAAAAAAAAGGAUAAUUUUAACCACUAAGUGGUUCUCAAAACACACAAACCAACUUGCGUAGUGACUUGUAUAAAGAUUGAAACCUUGUUCAAACACACACACACACACUCAUGGUUCUAUAAAAUAGUAGCCCCCUCUUGUAAAUAUGCUGUAAACAAAGUGUAACUUACCUCCAUACUUUACAAGUUUUUGUGUUCUGUUUUCGACAAAAAAAACAUUUUUCUUUCUUUCUAAAAGUCAGUUCAUCCUUAUAACCACAAACACUCACAGAGACACUCAAGCACACACACAAACACGCGUAUUUGUAAUUUUAAUUGUACAGUCGGUAAUAACUAGCUAAGAACUAAAACGAUUUUGUGUUAAAAAUACAAAACCCCUCACGCAAAACGUAUUCUGUUGAUUUUACCAACGGAAUUUUCUUUCGAGACCUUAAUCAUUUUGCCACACAAAUGGGAGGCAUUCAAAAUCCUCUUUUUAGCUGAGUUUAAGCCAGAAUAACAAACACACUUGCAAACUAAACCAACAAAAACAAAGCAAAGAGAUGAAAAACUUUUCAAAAAAGUGUUCAAUUUAAAAAAAAAAUUGCGCUUGGUUUCUAAAAUCAAACGGCGCUCGUACUCCUUAGUAACAAAAGAAGCAUAACUAACAACGUUUGUCGACUACCCUAACUAAUUUAGUCUUCGAGAAAGUGAGAAAGUACUCUCAAAACCGCCAUCACGGUUCUCUUUUCAAAAAAGACCAACCGACCGACUUCAGCGAGACAUCCUUAACUGUAGUAAAGUCUUAAUUCUUUUCAUUUUAAAGUUGUUUUUGGAUCAGGCCACAAAUAUGAUAUUGAACUUUUCUAUUUAUUUAUUUAUCCUCGUACGCUAAGGCGUUUUAUUCAACUUUUUUUUUCGUAUUACUUGUAUGGUUUAGUAAAAAAAACACUGCUGUUCUUUUGUGAUUUUGAUUUCUUUCGAUAAAACAAACACUAGAAGAAAAAACCACAAAUGCAAUUUUAUACCGUACUGUUUAGUCGUUUAGUUCUAUAAUUUUUAAACCAAACAAAACAAACCACGCACUGCUCUGUUUCUCCUUCUUUUAGAAAAAAAAAAAAAAAAAACAAAUAAUAAAACAAAAUUAUAAAUCCUAUCAAAAUUAGCGAUCAAAAUUACCUGAAUAAAAAAUUUAAUGAAAAAAAAACAUUUGGCACUGCUGCGAUUCAAAUUUUUGCAACCGGUUCAUGCACACAAACUAUCGUCACUCUCUCACAAACAAUCAAACAAAAAAAAAACGUUCGGAAGUUUGCUGGUUUUGGAAGCGAUUUCGGUCCUCUGUUGGGUCUAUUAACGCACUUGAAGCAUUGCAGAGCUUGGAAACCAACUCGACCAGCUCGUUUCAAAGUGUCAAAAUCAGUGGUGUAACAGAAGAAUCUGCUGAUUUUGCCACUCGAAAUUUAGCUACUCUGUCUAUGCAUGCGUGUGGAUUUUGUAAACAAACUUUCACACUCUCGCGCGUGGGGUGCUCUUUUGUUUGCUCUGGGAGAGUAACUCCAAAACUCGCUUUUUCUCUCUUUUCCAAUACGAGAGAUAGCGAGCAGUCAAAAAACGAGUGUAAUUCGAGUAAUUCGACAGUAGAGAGUUUCUCAAAUUCUUCAAGUUUGGAAAUAGACCAACAAUUUUACAAUGAUUUUUUCUUAUCUUUUUUCCUCAACUGCCCACGAUGCAACACUUUUAAAAAUGUCGAAAAUUACACUGCAAAUAUUGUUUUUUGUUCACAUAUACACAAUGCAUGAAUAACGCAAUGAUUUAAAUAUUUCGUGUAUUUUUGAGCGAAAAGGCAAAAUAUGUAAAAAAAAACAAGAUCGAUAUUCAGAAUAAACAAAAAAAAAUUGUGAGAUUAACAGGUUUCUUUUGCCAUCAGAGGAGCUUAGUGUAUUUUUUUUAGGAAAUUAUUCUUAUCGAAGGGAAAAGCGAAAACUUUUGCUUUCUUAAGAAGACAAAAUUGUGAAAAUGUGCAACUACUGAUAAUGGUAUAUAAAUUUAUUUGUUUUGUUUUUUGAAAGAACAAACACUAUGGAAGAUUAAAAUUCUAAAGCAAGUGUUCACCAACAGCAUCGCGGUGGGAAUGUUACUGAUUGGGGAUCAUGUGGUAUUUUGAAAGAUCAAAGGGCUCAACAAACAAAUGUAAUGUGAGUCUAUGACGUUACCAUUAAAGUUAAGGAGGUAUUACACUACAUCAAGCUUUGUUUGACUGCAAACACAUUAAAUGUUUGUCAGUUUACCUGCCGGUCAAACUAGUCAAACAUUUAACUCUAUGGGUAGCUUUUGAAGCUUUUAGACUCAAACUUCGACUACUAGAGAUUUAGCGACUCUGACUCCGACUCCAGCUUUCCAAAAGGACCCUACAGCCCUAAGUUUUACAAACAAGUUUGAAAGGCAGGCUAACUGUCAAACAUAAAAUGUAUCAAACAAAGUUUGAUGCAGUGUGAUACCUACUUCACUUAUUAACAAGUAAUUGAUGCUACGGCUGCUUUUCUUUUAAAUGUUCUGCUUCUAAUAAAAGAAAACACUUUUUGGAAAUUACUAUUUUCUGAUAAAUAAAAAUAGAAAUAAUUUUGUUUUUUGCACUAAACCAGCCAAUCUCAAACAGUAACUUUCCGCACCGAGAAGAACAAACAAAAUACCAACGCAAAAAAAUCAAAUGGCAUAACAAGACGAAAGCAAUUUUAACUUUAAGCAUAUACUAUUUUCAUAUUUUCACCGGGUCGAGAGCAGACAGCUCUUUCGUGAUUCUUUCGGAAAAAUAUGACGUUGAAAACCACUUGUACCGGCCACGAAAGGGUUGCCCUCACUGUUUCGUAGUCGAUUACUCCUGAAGACUCCUGAUGAGAAAAAAGAAGUACAAAUUAGUAAAUACGCUUUAUUCACCUAAUCGAGCAUAUAUUUUGUCGACACGAGAAAAAGAAAAAGAUACACACAUACAUACAUACAUACACACACUUGAUAAAAAACAGACACACACACACAAACAAGUUAAUGCGAAAACGUAUUUUCAUACAAUAAACGUAAAGUGUACGUCAUUAUAGGUGAAAAUUACAUGUUACAUACUGAAGAAAACAACAAAAAUAAAGGUACAGAGAGAAAGCUAAUAAUAUUUUUAGGACAAUUGAGCGCACGUUGACCGCUAACGACAAUCUCCCGUUAGUAAUUUAUCGCCUUUCUAGAGGAAAAUGAAAUGAAUGAACGGACCCCGUUUCGAUUGCCAAAACGUCAAUCUUCUGCAUAGCUUGCAAUAAUUUGAAUCGACGCAAACCAAAAUAAAAGCUCUAUAUUUUUUAAAUAAUUUAGUGCGAAUUAAUUCACAGAAAAAAAACAAAUAAUCGGCACUUUUUGUAGAUGUUGAAAAUCGAAUGAAACUUUAACUGAUUGACGUUUCCGAACAUUUUUAAAAAACGCAAAUCUGUAUAGAACAGAAAUUUGGUGCAGUCUCACCAAGCAGGAAGAGAGGAGCAAAACAUUCAUCCACUGUAAAAAAGAAACAACUGUUUAUAGAAAUCGAAUUUAAUAGCAGCUAAUAGUUACUUUUUCUUUCGUUUCAUACCAUACUAAAAAAAAUCAUAUGAACAUAGGAAACAAGUUAAAAACAAAUACACUCUCAUAAACCUGACACUCUUCCUGUCUGGAUUGAAAAGUUGAAGCAAAAAGAACACACACACGCAUACAAAAUCAAUUUGAUAACUGUUUAUCUACAACAAAAAAAACAUAAAUAAAACAAUACUACAACCAACAAGAAUAUGAGAAGGAAAUCAAAAGUCAGACAAAUUCUACUACUUUACGAAAAUACCAAUAUAUUUCUACAAAUUUUAAAAAACCACACAGUCAGUGCAUAUAAAAUAGACGAGAAGACGGAAGCAAAAACAUACAAGUAAAUUUAAACUAGUUCGAUAACGCCACAAUUUAAAAGAUAGAGAAACCUAUGAAUAACAGAAACAAGAAGAAAAAACAAGUAGAAACUAAUAUUGUUGCUGCUAAAAGUGGCAAAAUAUGGGAAGGUGAAGAAAAAGUACGUAAAACUCAUAACGAAAAAAAAACAAGAAAAAAAAAUAAACAAAACAAAGCAAACACAAACAGUAAGCGAGAGCAUGAAAACGGUGUGUUAUAAUUUUAAUAACUUUUAUUUUGGCUGUGCUUUUCAAAAAAGGAACUACUCUAGAGUUUAGUUUACGCGUUUAGUUUACAUUUUACAUACGAAUUUCAUACUCUUGCGUUAGGCCUACUCACAGUAAUAAGUUGCCCUUAAGAAUCUCGUUUAUAAGUGUCUAACAUCAACAGCAAAUAAAACAACAACAACAACAGGAGAACAACAAGAACAACAAAAGUCAACUAAUUUAACUAAAACAAACUUAGGGUAGGAAUCAAGUGCAACACUUGAUUCGGUAAACUCAGCAUUGUCUGCGAGACGCGAUAGAAACAAACACAUACAAACACACAUACACACACGCGCGCGGGGACAAGAAACCGGGGACACUUCCCCGGGGCAAAACGGUCGAACCAACUUGGUCCCAUUUAUUUAUUUUUUAUAAUUUUAAUUUGUAUAAAUUUGCCAUUUAAAUGUUAUCUAGUAAUUAUAGCGAAAGGAAACACCUACAUUGAGGUAAAAACAUGUAAAAUAAAGCAACAAAACACAAUGUUUCAAACUUUACUUCAGAAUUAAAAACAAGAAACAAACAGAAAAAAACGAAGCAACCAACAUAGAUUAACGUACUAUUUCAUUAGAGGAAAAUAAAGAAAAGAAGAAGCAAAUCACCCUUACACAACAAAAACAACCACACAAAAAAAAACAAAACGCUCUGUUGAGACUAGCAGCAAACAGUAUAGUUACAAACGUAGAUUAAUGAAACAAGUACUAAAAUUAAUUGACUACUUUAUUAACUGCUACAGACACAGAGUAAGACAAACAACCAGAAGUAAUAAAAAAUAAACAGAAAAAAACAAUGGAUACAUAAACACAUGAACAUAGAGAACCCAACGUUAAUAAACAAAACACACUCACUCACAAACACACAAACAAACACAUACUGUAAUGAAGCAUAACGACGCGAAGGAUUAAACAAUGGAUAAUGAGACAUACAGUAACACAGCAAAUAAGGGGAAGAAAAAAAAAGUACCCUUGACGGAACAUUAAUGGUAGGAGCAAAAACAAACCACAAGUAAGAAA